GGAACAACCUUGGUCACGUCUUCAGUAUUCAACCCAUAUUAUCAUCGCACCGACGAACGAGACCAACGAACCACACCUACCCCCGACUCCCCAACACCUCUGACUUAGUAGUCUGUCGUCUCGCAAAUCAUGGCUUCUGACAACCUGGUGGCUAGUGACCUCCGUCACGGAGGUACAGAAAGCAAGCGCUUCCACGACCACAAGGCGAAGUGGGCGUAUGGCGGCCGCAGCGCCAGUUGCAGAGCGCACGUCACCGAGGGAUUUGUCAUCGCACGCCCUGCUGUGCCCCGGUCUCACUUCAUGAAUUCUACUCGUGCUCUCCGUUUCGACCGCAAAGCUGAAUCCAACCGGAUCGCUAGCAAUGCAAAGCUUACCCUGCGUGGCGAUAUCAGCGAGGCUCUCGACAGCGAGUCCUCGGGCUCCUCUAGCGGAGAGGAGGUGGAUGAACCGACGGCGGCGCAGACGCUGCCUGUUGACCCGUUUUACUCCACGUCGGGACAGACCCUCUUAUCCGAUGCCGUGAGCAAGGCCAUCGAGAAGUUUGAAACCAAGGAGACGGAGAAGCUCGCCAAGGAGUAUGAGAUGGUGGUGCCCGAGCACGAGUCCCUUGCCCGUCGUGUGGCUGUUGAUGGCGAUUUCGAGUUGGUUGAUCGCGUGGAAUUAUAGGUCGCUCACGCGUGCUUGUUGCUGCUUUUAUUAUUCCCCUUGUAUAUUUGUUCACU